AUGUUCAUUCGUCAAGCUGUUCGACCUACCCGCGUGAUUUUUACCCGUUCUUUUGCUUCCUCAACCAAGGGACUCAAUGACGUUGUUAUUGCUAGUGCUGUCAGAACUCCUGUUGCUUGCUUCAAUGGCGGCCUCAAGUCAUUGUCGGCAACUCGUUUAGGUGCUAUUGCUGCCAAAGCUGCUAUUGAAAGAGCUGGUCUCAAACCUGAGCAGAUUGAAGAAGCCUACAUUGGUAACGUUAUUCAGGCUAAUUUGGGACAAGCUCCCGCGCGUCAAGUAAUUCUGGAAGCUGGCUGUCCUGAAUCCACCGAGGCGACGACCAUUAAUAAGGUUUGCGCUUCUGGUAUGAAGUCAGUCAUGCUCGCUGCGCAAUCGCUUGCUCUUGGCGAUCGCCAGAUUAUGUUGGCAGGUGGAAUGGAGAGCAUGUCAAAUGCACCAUUCUAUGCGCAACGUAACAUCGUUUAUGGUCAUCAACAGAUGCUAGAUGCCAUUAUCAAGGACGGUCUCUGGGAUGUUUAUAACCAGAUCCAUAUGGUACGAAAAAUACGCUUGCUUUACCUUGGUUCGUGUGCCGAGAACACCGCCGCCAAGUACAAGAUUUCUCGACAAGAUCAAGAUGAACAUGCUAUCGAGUCGUACAAGCGCGCAGCUAAAGCUUGGGAGAAUGGUGUCUUUGAUGCCGAAAUUGUGCCUGUCACUAUCAAAGGCAAGAAGGGCGAUACCGUUGUGAAAGUGGAUGAAGAAUUUACCAAUGUCAAGUACGAGAAGAUUCCGUCUUUGCGUCCAGUCUUCAAAAAGGAUGGCACUGUUACUGCCGCCAAUGCCAGUACUUUGAACGACGGUGCUUCUGCUCUUGUCCUCAUGACCAGACAGAAAGCUGAAGAGCUUGGUGUGAAACCUUUGGCUCGCGUGGUUUCGUAUGCCGAUGCUGCUUGUGCGCCUAUUGAUUUCACCAUCGCACCUAGCAAGGCUUUGCCGAUUGCACUGGAAAAGGCUGGUCUUUCGGUUAACGAUAUCAGCAAAUUUGAAUUGAACGAAGCAUUCAGUGUUGUUGCCAAAGUGAACGAACAGCUUAUGGGUCUUGAUCCCAGUAAAGUCAAUGUGGCCGGUGGUGCGGUCGCUCUUGGUCAUCCCAUUGGCUCCUCUGGCUCCCGUAUCAUCGUUACUUUGACUCAUUUAUUGAAAUCUGGUGAAUUUGGUGCUGCUGCUGUAUGCAACGGUGGUGGAGCUGCCAGCUCUAUCAUUAUCCAGAGAGAAUAA